AUGGAAGCCGAGUCAAGUGAUAUCAACCUCGAUAAUAGUCGGAGUAGGGCUAUCUUGAUCGUUACCUCUAUUUUUCUCGGCCUCUCAUUGGUAAGCGUCAUCUUGAGAUGUUUUGUGCGCACUCGCAUUGUUCGUGCUUUUGGGUGGGAUGAUGGUGUCAUGGUUGUGGCCAUGGGGCUCAACUUGGUCUUCGCGAUCUGUGGAAUCAUCGCAUGCAAAUAUGGAUUGGGCAGAACAUUAGCUUAUUUUUCCCAACCCGGAAAGGAAAAUGACUUCCACCGCGCAAUGUUGUGCUGGUGGGUAGCUCAACUCUUCUACGUAAUGACUUGCGUUGCCGCCAAACUCUCGAUUAUUAUCGCCCUUCUCCGAAUCACUGUGGACCGCAUCCACGCCUACAUUCUUUACGCCGCUAUGAUGCUCGCCACAGCUAUUGGCAUCGUUUUUUUCUUUUUCACCAUGUUUCAAUGCACCCCCGUCGACUUUUUCUGGAACCGAUCGCAACCUGGGGCAUCGGGCACAUGCGUCAGUAACCAUGUCCUCAUCGGUAUCGCAUACAUGUACAGUGUCGGCGCGGCCAUUACAGAUCUUACGAUUGGAUUACUGCCUGUGGCGUUGAUUUGGAACUUACGCAUGAAUAACCGAACGAAGUGUGCCAUUGUCGGCAUUUUAGGAAUCGGUUGCAUUGCAAGUGCCGCGGUCAUUAUUCGAAUUCCCUUCGUUCAUCACUACCAAGACGUGGAAUUCCUAUACAAUACUUAUCAAAUUUCCAUUUGGUCCAAUGUCGAAGCUGGCCUCGGCAUCACGGCCGGCUGCCUAACAACUCUUCGCCCACUUGUCCGAUUCCUCCGCGACGGAUCCUCCGCAGGUCCUAGCCGCACGCCUCCGUCAUUUCCUUUAUCCAGCAACAUCGGCGGUGGAUUCCACCGCUCUUCAAGGUCCAAGCCCGAUGCGCGCGACGACGCGCACCAGCUAUGGACGGGUACCGAGAGUGAUGACUGCCACGGAAUCACAACCACUAUAAUGGGCCGCCAAAAAGCGACUAGCUCCGAAGAAGAUCUGAAUCCGUAUAGUGACCCCGAUUCUGACGCUCCCGGCUGGAGAGUCGAGAGGUCUGUUCGCGUGUCUGUGCGUAAUUCAUGA